UUCCCUAUAUAUUACUAUAAAUAUUUCCUAUAGUUUUUUGUGAGUGUUAUCGUUACACAUUCGAUAUCAAGGAAUUUAAUGUAUUGCGUUCGAAAAAGGCAUUUAUUUAUGAGUCGUUGAUUAAAUAGCACUCAAAUUUAAAUGGUCGUAUUUAUCAGUAAGUUUAAUUUUAAAAUACAAAAACAAAAUUAACUUAACACUUUUAAAGUGAAAAGUAACGAUAUUAUAAUGAAUGAGGAAGAACAUUUAUUAAACCUACAAAAAUCAUCACAACAGUGGGCCCGACGUCAACUAUAUGGCCAUGUUAAUCCACCUUUACCACCAAAUUCUCCGCCCCACAAACCGCCACCACCUCCACCACCAUCUCAAAGAGAUUAUAACAGCAGUUAUUCAGGAUCCAAACAGAAUUAUCCACCAUCAAAAUCACAAAGUAGCUGCAAUAAUAAUAAUAAUAAUAGCAGUGGUAGUAAAGCAAAAUACUCUCAGUACAAACAACAAGGUCAAUACAACCAAUUACCACCACGUUAUUAUCCACCCCCUUUACCACCUCUUCCAAUGCAUUCCUAUAAUCAUUAUAGCCCUUACACGUUAGAUCCUCAAUGCAGUUGGAAUUACCAACAAAAAAAUUAUCCCAAUAAAAAUCGCUCGGAAAGAGAACGAGAAGAAGACUUGGAAGAUAAAAGAAAAAAUCGAAAACGAAAAAAACCGCUCUCCCAAAACAUGGUUCAUCAAAAAAAUUACACUCUUGAAGAUGCUAUAACCGCUUUAGAAGUGGAAAAGCAGUAUAACAAACGAUAUAAGAAUCAAUCUUUAAUAUUGAAGUUUCCCGAUCCCGAAUUGAACAAAGAAAUCGUUGCCAAAUUGCACCCAGCGAUUGAAAAUGUCCAUUUUCAACAAAAAUCAACGCCAAGAUUUUGUUUUGUUAAUUUAAAAGAGGAUGUAGAUUUAGAUGCGGUAAUUAAAGACCUAAAUACAACCCCAUUUGGUCAAGGUUUUAUCACGGCCGAAUUAAAAAAUGACCAAGAAAGUGAAAAAGAAACGAAACCGGAAGACAUAGACCCAUGUUGUUUGUACAUAGGUAACAUAGCCCAUGGUAUUCCUAGACAAAAACUCGACGAGCUUUAUCCAAGUAAUAAACGAGUCGAUAUGGGGUUUGCACGAAAAAUGCGCUUCACAAGAUACGCAUUUAUUUCAUUUCACAACGCUAAAGACGCGUUGGAGGCAUUUAAAAAGACUCAUUACAUGGAAUUGGCAGCUAAAAGCCUUAUUGUGCGAUUUCGACGGUUUCAAAGCACCGUUGGUAUGCCGGGCGAGAAAAAACCGCAAAACUCAACGAAACGGAAGCGAGCCGAUUCGGCAACAACCGAUGAUCUUGAAGUUAUCAGCGAAGAUUUUAGUAAUGUUGAUCCGACCAGUUAUACAUAUGUUAAAGAGGAACCUAUGUCCGACUCCGAAGGUGGAGAUGAUAGCGAACCUGAUGAUCAUGUGAAUGGACACUCAUCAAAUCACGACGACUGGAAAGUUAAAGUUGAAGAACCUAAUGCGGAGAUUAAGGAGGAACCUGAUAUGUCAGGAAGUGGAUAUGAUAGUUCUGGGAGCGAAAACGAUCAUUUACAAGAUCAUUCAUUAUUGGAUCCGAGUCAACACUUAAGAGAUUUGGCAGCCCAAAGGGAGUUACUUAGAAACAUGACUUUUGAUUUAUAAGAUAUUUUACAAAAAAUUAAUGGGAAUGUUUUAGGUUGUAUCUGUAUUUGUUAAUUUUAUUCUGUAAUAUUAAUGUAAUUUAAUCUAAAGUACAUCACGCAUGAAAAAAUUA